AUGAACGAGGUCCAAAAGCAUGUUAAAUCAGACACUUGCUACCUCCACUUCUCUACAAUUGAAGGAGCUGCAUAUUUUUUCAAUUCUUAUAAUGAAAAGGGUAUCAACUUGAACAACCUUCAGUUUACCGUUAAUCCUAUGCAGUUCCCUAACGGUACUGUUGUCAGAUAUCCCACCACAGCACCUACACCCACACAUACAACCACCCACCCACCCACCCACACACCCACACAGACACCCACCACUUCUACCAAUAAUGAGUGGAAGUUAAGUACUAAAAGGGCAAUAGAAGAUCUUGAUCAAGAGAUCGAGCGCCUGAAAAGGGCUCGAAAUCUUUUACAAAAUGCAUUGGACAACGAGUAGCGUUGACCCCCCCCCCCUUUUUUUUUUUACGUAAUAAAUUUUUAUAAUAUGGGC